AUGGCCAGAAAGAAUAGAGAGAUGUUGAUCCCGCAGGGACCGCCCCUCUCGAAGAGUCCUCCCGAACCCUCUAAGCGUGUCCGCAUUACGAGCCCAGCAGAUGAAAAGGCAGAGACCGCAAUGAUUCUACGAGAGUUCUUCCACAAGAUCGAUUUCAAUACACAACAAUACGAGGAUCCGUAUCCGCAAGAGUUGGACGACAUAGUCCGAGGGCGAGUUCGGUCGUGGAACCUUGACGACAAGCGCACCGCUCAUCUCAUCAAGCUCCUUCCCACCUGUGCCAGCGGGGUUCAAAAACAAUACAAACAAGCCUCAACCGAGGUCAAGACGUUCAUCACCUUGUAUUCCAUGUUGUUGUUCUAUGUCGACGACCUUGUCGUUAGGGAGCCCGGGAACAUGCUCCCGGAGUUGCAGAAACUGUCGUCCCCGAAUACCCCACGAGAGACAAGCAGUAUCUAUUCAGACCCGUGCCUCUCCUUGUGGUCGGACCUCGUCACCUCCGAAGUCCAUUUGUACUAUGGGCCAUAUUCGACCGGCGCCAUCCAGAAGGGCCUCGUCGAGUUCCUCAUGGGGAGUAUCAUCGAGGCACGGUUCCCCCGAGGUCUCGGUCAAGACUCCCUCCUCAUGACGCAUGUUCCAGCGACAGCGGCGCAUCUUUUGCGCGACAAGGCCGGGUCCGGCGAGGUCUACGCGCACUUCAUGUUCCCCACGCACCUGGCCCCAGAGGACAGGUACCUGGGCAAAUACUUUGUCUGCAUCCGCGACAUGACCGACUGGAUCAACUUCACCAACGACAUCAUGUCAUUCUACAAAGAGAACAACCCCCGCGACGGCGUCGUCGAGGAGAACACGUACAUCCAGAACCGCGCGCGCUGCGAGGGCAAAACGACCCUGCAAGUGCUGAGAGACCUGUGCGACGAGAUUGUGACACUGACAGAGAGUAUCCGCCGCGGGCUGAAGGGCGAGCCCGUCCUCGAGGAAAUCUGGGAGAACUAUGUCAACGGGUAUAUCCUGUUCCACGCGUGUGAUCGGCGCUACCGGCUCAAGGAGUUGGGGAUUGUGUUUGAGCGGGAGGGUGAGGGUGAGAGCACGAAGGGCACGUCGUGA